AUGACUCAAGAAUCAAUUGAUCCAACUCAAGUUGAAUCACUUUCUAAACUCAUCAAACAAUAUGAUACCCAAAUUAAAGCCAUCGAACAUGAUAUUAAACGAAUUUUAUCAUCCAAAACCAUUAAACAACUAAAUUUACCCCUUUCACCUAAAUUAAUGAUUAAAACUCCCACUAUUGAAAAUAUCAUCACUAAUGUUUUAACUAUCUACAUUAUUAAAAUCAAAUUAUUAAGUCAAGUAGAUUUAUUAGAAUCAAAAUAUUUCUAUAGAAAAUUAUGUGGAGAGAUUAAUUCAAGUUUAUUAAGUAUCAUUAAUAAAUCAUCAAUUGUAAAACAAUAUGAUAAAAUGUUAACCAUGACAACAGGAAACAAUACUAAUCCAUCAUCAUGUUUGAAAUCACUUUAUAAUAAUCAUAAUCGGAUUUUAAAACAGAAUAUCUAUCAAAAGAUUAAAAACCCUACCAAGUUUAAAGAUUUGUCUCAAAUUUAUCUUAAGAAUAGACAAGGUAAGAUAUUAUCAACCGUUGAUAAGAUUGAUAAGAUUGAUGAUGUUUAUGAUAUGGAUAUAAUUAGAUUAGAUUGGUAUUUGAAGUUUUUCCAAUUGGAUGGAUAUGACUUGCCCCUUGAUAUUAAACAACAGUAUUUGAUCAAAUAUUUAACCUUUAGAAGAUUGAAUUAUGAUAGUAAUAAUUGUGUAUAG